AGCAGACAGAAGAACACAAAAAAUAAGAAGUAGAAAAUACAUUAUAACUCUGUCUUGUGCAUAUAUUAAAGACUGACACAAAAAAAUAUGUGCUCACGUUGUAUCAAACAGCUUUUAACAAUGAAAAACUAAUUUAUGUAAGAAUGUCAUCAGGAUCUAAAGUGUCAGUAGAUGAGGGUGUUGAUCCAGAGGGAUCAAGCUCCUCUUUGACAUCAGUCAAAGUUCAUCGGUUAAAAGGGAUCAAAGACGGCCAGUACAGUAACCCUGUAUUCAAAAAAUUAUCUGUCAUCAAUGGAGAAAUCAACAGAAUGCCUAGAGAAGAACUUAUUUCAAAAUUAGGAGAAUUAAAGCUUGAUUCAAGAGGUGUAACUGAUGUUUUAAAGAAAAGAUUGAAGACUUAUUAUCGAGAGAAGAAGCUGACAAAAGCCCAUGUUCCAACACCUAAAAAGAGUUUACCAGAGUUUUUAAUGGUCAUAGAUUUUGAAGCAACCUGUGAAGAGAAUAAUGAUAACUAUGACCAUGAAAUUAUAGAAUUUCCUGUUAUCCUAGUCUGCGUAGAAAGCAAACAAGUGGUUGACGAGUUCCAUUCAUACUGCAAACCAAGGAUAAAUCCACAGUUAUCAGAAUUCUGUGUUCAGCUGACUGGUAUAACACAGGAUAAAGUUGAUAGUGCUGAGGAAUUUCCAAAAGUUUUGAGACGGAUGGAGGAUUGGAUGAAAUCACAUGAACUAGGAGCUAAAAAUAAAUUUGCAGUUCUCACUGAUGGGCCAUGGGACAUGAGUAGAUUUAUGUACCAUCAGUGUCGUCAAAACAAGAUAACUUAUCCACGAUGGGGAGGAAAAUGGAUAAAUCUACGUAAAGCCUAUUCUAACUUUUACCAGUGUAGGAGAACGAAACUGAAUGAUAUGCUUGAGAAUUUAGGAAUGACAUUUGAAGGUCAUUUACAUUCAGGACUUGAUGACUCUAGAAAUAUUGCAAGAAUAGCCAUUAGGCUUGCUGAAGACGGUUGUGAACUGAAAGUCAAUGAAUACCUUCACUAUGAUAGAAAUGAAAAUGCAUUCAAGUCUAAGCAUAUUACUCCUGAUUCUCCAAAGGGAAGUACAAGUGAGGAAGAAUUGAACCAAUCAAUGGACGGUUUACAUCUGACCAAUGACGGAGCAGCUAAUGAAACAGAAGAAGUUGAUGAUUUAUUGGAAUAUUAUAGGAUUCAAAAAUCUUAACUUAAUUUAUAAAAACAUUUUAUUGAUGUAAAUUUAUUAUGUUCCAAGGACACAGUUAAAUUUUUAUGAUAUUUACCAGUUAUGGCUUCUCAAAAACACAUGAAAGUAUCUAAAAUUAUAUAUUAUCAAAACUAGAUGUAUAUGUUUGUCCAAAUACAGAUCUAUAAAAAGACAAGAACAAUCCUUUGUUGAUUGUGAUAUUUAAUAUAUGAUUUCUAUGAAGGCAUUAUAUUGACAAAUUGCAGUUCCUGAGAGUUCAUACUGGUACUGUUUAGCUUAUUAUAUAAGUAUUGGUAAAGGCAGGUUCCUUGAAAAAGCAUCAUGAUAAUAUGAUACAGUUGUACUCAGGAAAAUGUUUUGAACAGUACAUGUAUUUGAAUAUCUACUCUUAGAAAGUUAAGAAAUGAUCAAAAUAAAUAAAUGAAUAAUGUACAAUAUAUUUGGUAUUCUCAUAAAAUUAUAAUUUUUUCUGA